ACAGAACCAGAACGCUGUGGUUAUAUGAUACACAUACCACGUCUGCCAAGACCAGACCUGCCAGAAUUAAAUUUUGAGGGAGUACCAUGGAGAGAACGGCCUUUAGUCCCAGCUCCUGACAGAGAAGAUGUUUGUAUGGACGCGUAUUAUCCCCGAACGGCUACAUCCGGCACGCAAAUUAUUUAUAUGGAAGAAGAGAUAGUUGGAGAUGUAGCUAUAGCCACUUUGAACUAUAAUGGAACUGCAACACCGCGAAUUCUUCAGCCGCUUAUAUCAGGCUCGUACGCAAUGCUGGGUCCCGUUGUACGAAAUAUUGAUGGCUUUUGGCAGCUUAUUAUAACACAAAGGCAGGACUACGAGACGGAAGUGAUGAGAGGCUACAUGCUGGAGGUGGAGGUGCCUGGGGAGACUCUGGUGGUGACAGUUACGUUGCAGAUAGUCAAUAUUGAUGAUAAUGCGCCGAUCAUUCAUAUAUUCGACUCGUGUGUUGUUCCUGAACUAAACGACCCAGGUCUCACAGAUUGCAUAUACGAAGUCUCCGACGAGGACGGACAGAUCAGCACCAGCGCCAUGACCUUCGAGAUCAGCAGCGACAGGAACGACGGGGAGCUGUUCUACAUGGUUGGGGGGAACAUCUCCCCAGACUGGAAGCGGAUGACCAUGACCGUGGGGGUGAAUGCGACGCUGAAUUUCGAGAGAAACGCCCUUCAUAUAUUUAGGGUUACCGCAUUGGACUCCCUCCCAAACACGCACACGGUGACCCUGAUGGUGCAAGUGGAGAACGUGGAGCACCGGCCGCCGCGCUGGAUCGAGAUCUUCGCGGUGCAGCAGUUCGACGAGAAGACCGCGAAGAACUUCAGUAUCCUGGCGAUAGACGGGGAUACUGGGAUCAUGAGACCGAUAUACUAUAGGAUCGAUACACUGCCAGAAGAUGCAGAAUACUUCGACAUCGAAACAAUAGACGAUGGAGAUAAAGGAGGCAUCCUUAUAGUUAAACCUAUAAAUCGAGACUUGCUACAACGCGAACUGUUCCCUAUAUCCAUCACUGCUUAUAAAAGUAAUAAUGAAUCAUUAUACACUACCACUAACGUAGUAAUUAUUAUUAAUGACGUUAAUGAUAAUAAGCCUGAACCACUACAUGAAGAGUACACGGUGGAUAUUAUGGAAGAAACCGCUCUGACGCUAAAUUUUGAUAAGGAAUUUGGUUUUCAUGAUAUAGAUCUGGGUGAAAACGCUCAAUAUACAGUGCGUCUAGAAAGCGACUACCCACCAGGAGCCGCUAGUGCAUUCUUCAUAGCUCCAGAGAUUGGUUACCAGAGACAAACCUUCAUUAUGGGCACGCAAAACCAUAGCAUGCUUGACUUCGAAGUGCCCGAGUUCCAGAAUAUUCGGUUGAAGGUAAUAGCAACGGACAUGAAUAGGACAGACUUUGUAGGAGUCGCGAUUGUGAAUAUAAACCUAAUAAACUGGAAUGAUGAGAGUCCCAUCUUCGAGCGAUCCAGCCUUGAGGUCUCGUUUGAUGAGACAGAGGGAGAGGGAUAUUUUGUUGGCAAUUUGAAAGCUAACGACCGGGAUAUUAAUGAUACUGUUGUCCAUUCGCUUUUGGGAAACGCACAAAACUACCUGCGCAUAGACCGGGACACUGGCGACAUCUUUGUGUCGAUAGACGAAGCAUUUGAUUAUCAUCGUCAAAACGAAAUAUUUGUUCAGGUCCACGCUAUCGACACACUGGGUGAGCCCUACAACACCGACACUUCGCAACUCAUCAUUAAACUCAACGAUAUUAACAACACGCCACCUAGUCUCAGUUUGCCCCGUCGAAGUCCAGAAGUGGAGGAGAACGUUCCAGAAGGUUACGUGAUCACAGAGGACAUUGUGGCCACCGACCCGGAUACAACAGCUGAUUUGAAGUUCGAAAUUCUGUGGGACACCUCGUACGCUACUAAACAAGGGAGGGAGACGGAUCCUAGGGAAUAUCAUCAUUGUGUCGAAAUAGAAACUCUAUACCCUUACAAUCACACGCGAUCCGCGGUUGGGAGAGUGGUCGUGAAGGAAAUCAGACACAAUGUGACCAUAGACUACGAAAUGUUCGAAAUGCUGUACCUCACUGUGAGGGUGGUGGACAGGAACACGGAAAUUGGCGAUGAUUAUGAUGAGUUGACAUUCACUCUAAUAAUAAUAGAUUUGAAUGACAAUCCACCAAUAUGGGCGGACAAUACCUUGACUCAAGCGUUCACAGUGAGAGAAAAUUCUAGAAGCAACGUGGUUAUUGGGUCCGUUCUAGCAACUGAUAUAGAUGGCCCAUUGUACAAUCAAGUACGAUAUUUCAUACGCGCACGAGACGAUACACCAGAAGAUCUAGUUAAAAUCGACCUAAUGACGGGUCAAAUAACCGUAGACAAAGAUAGCGCGAUCGACGCAGACACGCCGCCGCGCUACAACCUGUUGUACACCGUCGUGGCCACCGACCGCUGCCUCACUGAGGAAUGCCCCCCCGACCACAUGUACCAUGAGACGGAGGGAUAUAUUACCAUAGCGAUACAGGACACGAAUAAUAAAGUGCCGUAUCCAAACACUAUGGAGUUCCCUGAAGUGGUUUAUAUCUACGAGAAUGCCACCUCCGGCGAUGAAGUGGUCACACUUGUGUCCAAUGAUUACGACAGGGAUGAAAUGUACCACACGGUGCGGUACCAGAUAAACUAUGCGGUGAACCCUCGGUUGAGGAGCUUCUUCUCAGUGGAGCUGGACAGUGGACUGGUACUAGUGGACUACACCGGAGAUGAGGUGCUCGACCGGGAUGGGGAUGAAUCUACACAUAGGAUCUUCUUCAACCUCAUUGAUAAUUUUUAUUCGGAAGGAGAUGGCAACAGGAACCAAAACACGACCGAGGUGUUGGUCGUGCUUCUGGACGUAAAUGACAACGCCCCAGAGCUGCCUGACCCGAGUGAGUUAUCUUGGACCAUAAGUGAAGGUCUGCUAAAGGGCGAAAGACUGUCCCCCUUCAUCCACGCCCCUGACCGCGACGAGCCCAACACCAACAACUCUCUAGUUGGCUACGAGAUCCUCAACCUGACCACCAGCCGAGAUGUUCAGCAUCCGAUGCUGUUUAACAUCAUCACCAUCAGGAAUGAUGAUCUGGAGGACAACGUUGGGGAGUUGGAGACGGCAGUGGACCUUAAGGGGUAUUGGGGGACUUAUGAGAUUGGUAUUAGGGCCUACGACCACGGCAUCCCCCAACAGUGUUCCGAGGAAAUCUACUCGAUAACGGUGGAGCCGUACAACUUCCACGAUCCGGUAUUCGUGUUUCCGCUCGACGGGGCUGUACUGAGAUUAGCUACGGAGCGGGCUGAGGAAAAUGGUGUUCUGGUGAUGGUAAAUGGAGAAUUCCUUGAUCGCGUUAAAGCCACGGAUGAAGAUGGUCUGGAAGCUGGAAUUGUCACCUUCGAAGUUAUUGGAGAUGAUGACGCUGCGCAACAUCUACACAUAUUAAAUGACAGAGAAAAUCAAGGGAUACUGAUGCUGAAAAAGUCAUUCACUGAGAAGAUUAGAGAAUUCCAAGUAACAAUCCGCGGUACAGACGGCGGCAGAACGCCCGGUCCGCGUCACACGGACACGUCGUUACGCGUUGUGUUCGUGCCCACUCAAGGCGACCCCGUGUUCCCGGUCGACACCACCACUGUGGCUUUUGUUGAAAGAGAAGGCGGUCUCAGUGAAACUCAGCAGCUCGUCCUUGCAGAAGAUCCGAAGAAUCACUUGUGUGUCGACGACUGUCAUGACAUAUUCUAUAGAAUACUUGAUGGCAACGACGAGGGCCACUUCGAGCUGGACAGCACGCUGAACAGCCUCCGCGUGGUCCGCGAGCUGAACCGCGCUGUCUCUCAGCAGCACACGCUGCGCGUCGCGGCUGCCAACUCGGCCGCUGCGAACGUCGCGCUGCAGUCCUCUAUACUCACUGUUAUCGUUAAUGUUCGAGAGGCGAAUCCUCAGCCAUACUUCGAUAGGAAAUUAUACACAGGAGGUAUUUCCACGUUGGACAGCAUCAACAGGGUGAUACUUACUGUUUCGGCACAGCACUCGGAGAACGCGGCGAUCACGUACUCCAUAGACUGGAACUCCAUGGAGGCGGACCCGAGCCUGUCGGCGGUGCAGCUGUCCGCGUUCCAGCUGCACCCGAGCACCGGCGCGCUGUCGCUCAACAUGCAGCCCACCGCCAGCAUGCACGGCGCGUUCCGCUUCUCCGUGCGCGCCGUGGACCCCGCGGGAGCCUACGACACAGCGGAAGUGAGGAUCUACCUGAUAUCAUCCCAGAACCGCGUGUUCUUCAUAUUCGUGAAUACACUAGAACAGGUUGAAGCCAAAGUGGACUUUAUAGCGAACACAUUCAGCGUCGGCUUCCAAAUGACGUGCCACAUCGACCAAGUGCUUCCCGCCGCGGACGAGCACAACGUGGCGCGCUCUGACGUCAGCGAGGUGUGGGCGCACUUCCUGCGGGACGACGAGCCCGUGCACACCGACGUUAUUGAGACACUCCGCAGCGACACUCAGCUCCUAACCAGCAUCCAACGGACGCUGAGCACGGAGUUGCUUGUGCUUCAGGACCUGGUGACGGGCGACAGUCCCACGCUCAGCGCGGACUCCAGCGCGCUGCUGGUGCUGGUGCUGGGCGCGCUGGCCGCCGCCCUGGCGCUGCUGUGCCUGCUGCUGCUAGCCGGCUUCGUGUACAGGACCAGGACGCUAAACCGCCAGCUCCGCGCCCUGUCCAUGACGAAGUACGGGUCGGCGGAGUCGGCGCUGAACCGCGCGGGGCUGGCGGCGCCCGGCACCAACAAGCACGCGGCGGCCGGCUCCAACCCCGUGUGGAACGAGGCGCUCCGGGCGCCCGACUUCGACGCGCUCAGCGAGGACUCUGAUGACUCAGACCUGAUCGGCAUAGAGGACUUGCCGCAGUUCAGCGCUGACUUCUUCCCCCCAGAAGCAGCCAACUCACAACAGUUUGGAAAACACCAGCCGGGAGACGAUAUUAUUGCGACGCACAAAAACAACUUCGGUUUGAACACUCCACCCUUCAGCAAUCAAUUCCCCGACAGUUCGUUUAGACGAUAA